AUGCACAACUCCAGAACAUUCUUGUUUCAGGUCUGUUUGAGUCUGGUGCUUUCUACAGGCUCCUGCACCUGCAAGCCACUCGGUAAUGACAUUCAAAACGAGGAGGUCCUUAGAGGAUUUCACUUCCAGCAGUCAGAGGUGGAUCUUCUGGAGGAGGAAGACAUGGACUCAAGGAUGGAAGACCUCCUCGGAACCAUGAAAGAAGACUUCCUGAGGAAACUCAACCUUUCCGAUGUGCCGCAGGAACACGGAAAGAUUUACCCUCCUCAGUUCAUGAUGGAACUCUACAACAAGUAUGCGUCCGACAGCACGACGAUCCCUCAGUCGGAUGUCAUACGAAGCUUCGGUGUCCAAGAUAUCACCCAUUCUGUGACAAACGGCACAGAGUGGAGAUACAGGCUGCUGUUCAACAUCAGCAUUCCCAGCCAUGAAAGGGUCACCACUGCUGAACUACAGCUCCUCUUCCUCCCGGAUGCUAGGUCAGAGGCCACCUCCCACAGUUACAAGGCCUCCGUCACUGUCUACACAGGCCAUGAACAGAAAUCAAUUCCUCAAAUACUGGCUUGCAAAGAGUUGACCAGCUAUCAGAACAUGUGGGCAACGUUGGACGUCACCUUAGCGAUGCAGAAUGGCGUCAUUUUGGGCCACGGAUUAACUGGAUUGGAUGUAGUUGUGGACGGGAAUGACUGUAGCGGCGAUGAAGGUUGUCUGAGCAUGAGCGUGUCAGUCGGAGAUAACACUUCGGCAGCUUUGAUCGUCUUCUCGGACGAUUUUAGCAGCAGAAGAAGGGAGGCCAAAAAAGAACUGAGAGAGAUGAUGCUCCAUGAAGAAGAAACCAUCUUCUUCACCAACUGGAACACAGAGGGUCAGCUCACCAACCAGAUUCCGGGGGCUCAGCAUCGCCGGAAGAGGAGAAAGGCGGAAAGGGAAUACUGCAGGCGAACGUCCCUCAAAGUCAACUUCAGAGACAUCGGCUGGGACAGCUGGAUUGUGGCGCCUCCGGAAUAUGACGCCUUUGAAUGCCGGGGAUUGUGUUACCACCCGCUGACGGAUGAAUCCACCCCGUCCAAGCACGCCCUCAUCCAGACGCUGAUGAACAUCAGAAACCCCAAGAAGGCUAACAUGGCUUGUUGCGUUCCCAUCAAACUGGACCCGAUCACCGUCAUGUAUCAGGAGAACGGACGCCUCACGAUUAGAUACUUGUAUGAGGAGAUGAAGGUGGCAGAGUGCGGGUGCAGGUAG